CAAACAUGCAUCACAGAGAGAGAGGCAUUGCAUCAGGCUGGACCCAAGGAACGCAACAAAUGCUGUGAGUACCCAGAGCCUAUUCAUCCUUCGCGAUCAAGGCUUCUGCAGAGAUGGCCUCUUUCCCCCAAAGGCAGAGGUCUACCCAAUCAGACCUAAAACCAUCUGAAUCACUGGAUGAGAUACUCUGGGAGGAGAUGGAGAGACUAUGCAACACCAAGACAGCACUACAGGCACUGCCCUAUGCCAUGAGGGACAAACGGCUCAUCAGGCACCUCCGGGAGCCAGAUGGGGCAAAGACCUCUUUCUGGGAACAGUGGAAGAAGAAAUGGCAACAAAUCCGUCAGCAGUUCCUGGAUGUGAGCCACAGGUUUAUGGGGACCUUUGGGCUCUGGAAGACUGACCUCUAUGAGAUUGGAGGGUUCUUUGGCACGGGGAUCCAGUCCUAUUUCACCUUCCUUCGGUUCCUGUUGAUUCUCAAUCUGCUCACUCUUCUGCUCACCGCCAGUUUAGUGCUGCUGCCUCUGGCCUGGCUCCACUCACCUGCCCCCAACAUCUCACAUCAUUGCUCUAGCGGCGGUGAGCCCCAGCCUAAUCUGCACCAGAUCUACUUGCACUUGUGGGAUGUCUUCACUGGCAGGGCUUUCACCAACACCUACCUUUUUUAUGGCUCGUAUCGAAUGGGGCCAGAGAGUGAUUCCCAGUACAGUGUUCGCCUGGCCUACCUCCUCAGUCCGCUAAUCUGCCUGCUCCUCUGCUUCUGUGGGACUGUACGACGCAUGGUGAAGGGGCUGCUCCAUAAGCAACUGCUGAGCAAGGAUUACAGGCCCCGGCUCAGCAGCAAGGUGUUUGUCUCCUGGGAUUUCUGCAUCCGAAGCCGGGAAGCUGUAGUCAUCAAACAACACAGCAUCAGCAAUGACUUCAAGAUCGAGCUCCAAGAGGAGCAGCUGUCCUUGCAGAUACAGCAGCAGACGGGAAAGCAAAGGGCCCGACAACUUUUUUCUUAUGUGGGGCUCAACAUGUUCAUUGGACUCUUGGUGGUUGGGGGUAUCAGUGCCAUCUACUGGGCCACCAAGUUCUCUCAGAACUACAAAGAUGAGUCCCUCUCUUUGCUGCUUCAGUACCUGUCCCCUGGAGUCAUUUCCCUUGUCAACGGUCUGGGGCCCCUGGUGUUUGGAUUCCUGGUCCAACUGGAGAAUUAUCCCCCCAACACUGAAAUCAAUCUCACCCUUUUCUGGUGCGUGGUUCUGAAGCUGUCUAGCUUGGGCAUGUUCCUUUUUUCACUGAGACAACAAGCAGUGCUAUGUACUGGCAGAAGUGACCAUUCCAGCUGUGAGCCCUAUGAAUACAAUCAAUGCGACCAGUGCUGGGAGAACUCAGUGGGUCAGGAGUUAUACAAGUUGAGUAUAUUUGACUUCUUCCUGAUGCUGGCCUCUGCCUUCCUGAUCACCCUGCCAAGGAGGCUGCUGGUGGAUCAUCUUUCCAGCCAGUUCUGGGUCUGGCUGGGCAGAGAAGAAUUUCUGGUGCCCAAGAACGUGCUGGACAUUGUAGCUGGACAGACGGUGACCUGGAUGGGGCUUUUCUACUGCCCCCUACUGCCCCUGCUCAGCAGCAUCUUCAUCUUCUUCACCUUUUAUGUCAAGAAGUACACUCUCCUCAGGAAUUGCAGGCCCUCCCCUCGCCUCUUCCAAGCCUCCAGUGCCACCUUCUUCUUCCAGCUGGUCCUCCUGCUGGGCCUCCUAGUGGCUUCUGUGCCUCUGCUCUAUGUCAUCAGCAGCAUCCCCUCCUCUGUGAACUGCGGCCUCUUCUCCAACUACUCAGCACCCUGGCGGGUGGUUCCCGAGGUGGCGGCCUUGCAACUCUCACCCCCAGCCCAGAAAGUGUUUCACUACUUCGGUUCUAAUGCCUUCUGGUACCCCAUCCUCAUCUUACUUAGCCUUACACUGACUGUGUGCCUCUCCCAAUCCGGGGCCAACAAAAGGGCCAUCAAAAGUCUUAGGAGACAGCUGCUAUGGCAAGUACGGGAAAAAUGGCACCUGGUGGAGGACCUGUCACGACUUCUGCAAGAGUCAGGAGGGUCUGAUUCUUGGGGGCCUGAAUCCCCCAGUUCCCGAUCUUCCCGUCCCAGAUCUUUCUGCCCCGGAUUCCCCUGCCCUGGAUCUCCCAGGCCCAGAUCAUUCGUGGCAGGUUCCACUCAUUCUCAGGACCCUGGAAAAUAAAGAUUUGGGGAGAAAGAGACUGACAAAGUGGGGUCUGGUGAUUAUCUUUCUCGCCUCAUAAGGAAGCUUACAGCAUGCUCAUGCCAUUUGGAGAAGAAGCCACUUGAUGGGAUGGUGGAUGCUAUGCAGAAUUAGCUGUUUUUUCUUCCACUACCCUUGAGAAGAAGACUCGCUGAUAAACAAUGCAAGCAGCAGAGCAUGGGACUUGAACAGCUGGUGACUGAGACAGCUGGAGACUUGUGUUGUGGAAGCAAUAGAGAACCUGGAGCAGAAACAGAGAUUGGAACGCAAAAAGAGAAGAUCAUGAGUCCCCAGACUGGCUGAUUUCCAUUGGGCUGGUGAGCAGGAGAGGGAGGUUGACUUCCUUUCACUGUUAUUCCAGCUUUCUACUAUACAUAAUCCACAGAUAGGAUCGCAGACACAUUUAUGCAUAUGAGCAUCACACACACACACACACACACACACACACACACACACACACACACACCUUGCCUUGCCUUCCCAUAUUCCUUUCUAUGAUCUAUGGCUGUGAACAAUUAUGGAAUUUUGUCUGCCACCUCCAAAGAACUAGGAGGGCAAGCGGGGAGAGGUUAAUGAGAUGGCUUCAUGUAACCAUUUCCUUUGUCUUUUUUUUUUUUU